GGUCGCCAGUCCUCUGACUCCUCGCCAGCUUGUCUGCCCUGCAGCUAAUAGUCAACAUCAACACUUAGCAUGUCCGAGGGCGAAAUCAUUAGCAACUCUGCCCUCCUCAUCAUUGCCGGCAGCGAAACUAGCGCGUCAUAUCUUGCUGGCGUAACCUAUCACCUUUGCACGUACCCGUACGUGAUGAAAAAGUUGACGAGCCUGAUCCGGUCGAGCUUCGCCACCGAGGCCGAGAUUACGUCGUCCUCGCUCGCCCAGCUGGAGUACCUGACGGCGGUGCUCAAGGAGGCUGGACGUACAUACCCCGCCUUGCCUUCCGGCCAGCCGCGACUGGUCACCGAGACCGGGGCCUUCAUUUCCGGGGAGAUGGUGCCUCCAGGCACUCUUGUCUUUUCACAUCCCAUGGGGGCGAGCAUGGCGCCUUUCAACUUUACAAACCCGGAGCAGUUUGUGCCUGAGCGCUGGCUCAAGGAUCCGCCGUUUCCUUAUAAUGACGACAAUCUCGAUGCUUCGAUGCCGUUUGGGCUGGGUCCGCGGUCUUGCAUUGGGCAGAGCCUCGCUUGGAUCGAGAUGCGUCUCAUCCUUGGGCGUCUCCUCUGGAAUUUUGAUCUCAGCCUCUCUCCAGAGUGCAGCCGCUGGAUCAAGGAGCAAAAAGUCUUUCAGGUUUGGGAAAAGACACCACUCAAGGUGAAGAUUACGAUGCGCCACGACCUUGAGCGGAAAUAGCUGGGAGAAUUCAUGGCGUCUUUGAAGUAGAUCAGAUUCUUGAAAGUAUGGUGACUAUAUCUGCUCACAAUUUGCCUGGGUUUCUUAUAAAACAAGACAGCAUCAUGGUAUCAUGGUAGUAAACACUGCUAGGUAGUCUAUAAUUACUACGGGUUGUCGUCUCGU